CUUCUUCUUCUUCUUCUUCUUCACCCUUCACAGAGAAGCACUCCAUAGAGAGGUUCCAAAGAGACCAAUGGCUCUACACCAACACCGCCACCAACAAUAAGCCUAUAGUGUCUUCCAAUUUGGGCUCCAUAAGGGAAGAUGACAUAGCUCUCCAGCUUCCAGAACUAAAGAAGCUGCUUCAGGUGCUGAGGGAGAAGAGGGAGAGUGAAGGGAAGUGUAGCAGUGAAGGAAAAUGUGUACUGGGGAAUGUAUUCUUGGUUGGAACUGGUCCGGGGGACCCUGAGUUGUUGACAUUGAAGGCUGUGAGAGUUAUCAAAGGUGCUGAUUUGUUGCUGUAUGAUAGGUUGGUCUCUAAUGAUGUCUUGGAUUUGGUUGCUCCUCAUGCUAGGCUUCUCUAUGUGGGAAAAACUGCUGGCUACCAUAGCAGAACUCAGGAGGAAAUACAUGAGCUUCUUCUGAGCUUUGCAGAAGCCGGGGCCACUGUUGUGAGACUUAAAGGGGGUGAUCCAUUGGUGUUUGGGAGGGGUGGAGAGGAAAUGGAUUUUUUGCAGCAACAAGGUAUCCAAGUGAAAGUUAUUCCAGGCAUAACUGCAGCAUCUGGAAUAGCAGCAGAGCUGGGGAUUCCGUUAACUCAUCGUGGUAUUGCAAAUAGCGUGAGGUUCCUCACGGGGCAUUCAAGGAAAGGUGGAACUGAUCCUCUAUUUGUAGCCAAAAAUGCAGCCGAUCCUGAUUCUACAUUGGUGGUUUAUAUGGGCUUGUCAACCCUCCCUUCACUUGCACAGAAAUUAAUGUGUCAUGGUUUGUCCCCCGAGACUCCAGCUGCAGCCAUUGAGCGAGGGACAACACCUCAACAGCGCACGGUGUUCGCAAAACUGAAGGACCUUUCCGAGAAGAUUACAUCCGCUGGUUUGGUGUCACCAACACUGAUUAUAAUAGGGAAAGUGGUGGAGCUAUCUCCGUUUUGGCCAAUGUCUACAAAAGAAGAAUCAUGUUUAAUGCAGGCAUGAUGGAUGGUGUUGGGAAUGAUGCUGAAAAAGCUCACCGAGAUGAAGCAUUGCUUUCGCAAGGAUUGGCUUGAUGAUCAGCCAUGAAGUCAUACUAUCCCUGGGAAGCCGGAAAGCAAGCAAGCAAUGCGAUAUUUUUGGCGAUGCAGAUGUUCUUUCCUGAUUUAGUUGGGAAGAACUGUUUCAGAACAAGUUUGGGUUUUACAUAUUUCAGAAUCUGGACAGGGAUUGAAACAAGGGAAAAUGCAUGCAUUUCACCCAAUUUUUGUGGAGAAUAAGAAUGCAGGUUUCUGCAGUGUCAUUUAUUUCUUUCAAGAUUUUUUAUUUAUGUUUGCUAGGUAAAAUUUUGUAUAAGCUAUUAAGCUUCAUUCUUUGAAGGAGGAAGAAUCAUGUAAACAUAAAACUGUAAUUUGAUUGUUGAAUUUUGUUAUUGCCAAUCAGAACAUUUUUUGUUGUAAAUUUUAACUUACUAGUUAGCCAUAUUUGCCUUCAUUAUGUAACUUGAAGCUUCUAUGAGAUCGUUGUUUUGGUUUUGUUA